GCAGGAAGGAAGGAAGAUUUGUCACUUGCAAUUUUGUAAACAAACCAUAUUCGAGCAGUGGUUGUAUAAUUCGUUGUGCCAUACUUAUUGCGGUAGUGCUUAUUCCCGAUAGCUAUUCAACAAGGCAACAGCUUGGAUUCUUUUGGUUUUAAAUUUGUGAGAGAAUUAUUGAAAAACUGCUGGAAGAUUACCUGACGUCUCCAUGGCAACGGCCGACCACACCGGCGGGAUUACCUCUUAUGACGAUGACUUCCUCUUGACCUUGGUGUGACCUUGACCGCUGAGGUCAUAGGACGAGCCUGUUAUUACAUAUUCAGUGUGUUUUAUUCGUGUUGAUUUCAAAAUGGGAUUAAAGGAGUUUCUUGUGGAGGCGAAAGCGAGGCUGGCGGACUUGAAUUCGGGAGUAAAAAAACAUGUCCACAUUGUGAUCGGAAACGAGGCUUGUGACCUUGACUCGACAGUUUGUGCCACCACAUACGCCUACUUUCUACAUCAGACUAAGUCCAGCCCGGGCAGCCACACCCUCCCCGUCCUGUGCACACGCCGGAGCAACUUCCGCAUCCACCUGGAGACCGUCUACUUCCUGGGCAAGCACAACAUCCGAGCAGACGACCUCAUUUUCAUUGACGACCUUGACCUACCAGCCUUGAGUGGGAGCGAGGUCAUCACUCUAGAAGUGACCUUGGUGGACCAUCACGUGCUGAGCGAGGCUGAGGAAUGUUUGAGGAAGUUUGUGGUCGAGGCUUUGGACCACAGGCCAGUUGAUGGGGAGAUACCUAAAAGUUGGCAUGCAGAGAUUGAGCCUGUAGGCUCCUGCAGUUCCAUAGUGGCCAGGAAAAUGUUGGACGCUGAUCCUGAGGACUUCAGCAUGGAUGCCACUGUGGCAGAACUCUUGUUGGGGGCCAUCUUGACUGACACAUGUAACCUGUCGGACAAGGAUAAAAUCGCCACCUCCGCUGACCGUGAGAUGCAGGUGCGACUCAAAUCCUUCCUGCCUCACAUCUCCGCCACAAGUAUCUUUGAGGAGAUCAAACAAUCCAAGUUUGAUUUGUCCUCUUUGACCAUUCUAGAAAUGUUGAAUAAAGAUUUAAAGAUCCUCAAAGGGACACAAAUCACGGUGGCCAUGUCAACUGUUACAAUGAACUUGGAGACAAUACUGACAAGUCCAGAGUUCUGCCAUGACGCCAGCGAGUUCUGUCUGUCAGUUCCUGCUGAUGUCGUCAUCAUCAUGGCACUAGUUAUGGGUGACGCAGGUAUCUCUGACAGGUGGAUAGCUGUGUUCUCUCCUAACCCAGUCUUUAGAGACCAGUUCUAA